CGCGAAUAUUCAAAUGGGUAUAUCAAGUUAUUUGGAUUCCAUUUCACGAUCUCUUACUCUAUUCCCGCCAUUAUUCCCUCUCUAAUCCCAUCCCUUCAAAAUCGGAGUUAGUGUCAGCGUUUGGGAUCCAAACCUAGGAUGGACGUUUCGGAGCUGGCCAAGAAGCUCGAUCUCUCCGAUUCCAAACUCGUUGUCCGAAAAGCCGCUGAGAUCCGUCGCCUCUGUGAUGUGCAGUUCGAUUCCUCCGUCAUAGGAGUCGGCGAAGUUGCCAAAUCUCUUAUUUGCUUGGAAAUCGCGGCCACAAGGCUCGGUGUUCUUUUCGACCGAUCUUCUGCUGUGAGGCUCAGUGGAAUGUCCGAAAAAGCUUACAUCAGAUCCUACAAUUCUCUCCACAACGGCCUUGGCGUCAAGACAAAGAUAGAUGUGAGGGAAUUGGCGAUUCAGUUUGGUUGCGUUCGUAUCAUUCCUUUCGUUCGCGACGGUCUCAAGCUGUAUAAGGAUCGCUUUGUUUCAUCUUUGCCGGCUUCUCGUCGUGCAAGUGCUGAUUUCACGCGUCCAGUGUUCACUGCGGUUGCUUUUUAUUUAUGUGCUAAAAAACACAAGCUCAAAGUGGACAAGCUGAAGUUAAUUGAGCUUUGUGGUACAUCUGAAUCCGAGUUUUCAAGUGUUUCUGUCACCAUGAAGGAUUUGUGUCAUGACGUGUUUGGGGUUGCAAAGGAAAAAAAGGAUGCUAGGGAAGUGCAAUCAAAUCGAGAUUUGCUUGACGCUUUGCCAAGUAAAAGAAAAGCUGAGGAUGGAGGUUAUUUGUCCGAUGAUGGUCCUGAGCUUUCAUGUUAUAAAAAACGCAAGCAAAUGGAAACACGUGAUUAUGAAAAGUGGAAAUCCUCAGUAGUUGCAUCCAAUCAGCAAAACAAAAAAGAAGCUCCUUGCAAACGAACCAAACAAAGUCGUCUCAACUUUAUUAAGAAAUCUUCCGAUACUCAGGAAUUAGAGGCCAUGUGAGAUGGUAUUGCUAUGCCUUAUGAUAAUACAUGAUUUUGUUAGAAGUUCAGCACAUUAUGAGAGAUGGAUGCAGAAAUAUGACAUGUAUUGAUGCCUCUACAAUGGAGCUCAAUUUUGUUUAAAAAAUGUAUUUUCUGGAAUUUCCAAAGCAGUAGUGUACAGUAAUAACUCUUUUCAGGCCGGAAUUCCAAUUUUCUUUUCUUUUCUUUUUCUAUCAAUGUUAAUUAGCUUUUAAACGGUUUGCUAACAGUUUGUACAUGCGAAGAAGUUAAUUCCUCCAUUACUCGACAUAACGAUUUGACUUUUAAUUUUUUAUUUA